AUGAUUGUUCAUAUUAUAACACUGACCGUUUUAUUGAUAAAGUCAUCGAAAUGUUCAGAAAUCAUUGAUGCCCAAUCUCAGGAUACCAUCUACGUGUCUGAAUACUGUCCUAGGCAGAAAUAUUGCAGAGAUGGCACCCAUGUUAUGUGCAUGUAUUAUGAUCAUGACCAUGAAUUUGGACCACGCUGUGGGAACCCAGUUAGAGCCGAAGUUACGCCUAAAAUGGUAGAAGCUAUACUACAAAAUGUGAACAAUAUAAGAGGUAAACUAUCCAGUGGCGUUGAAAGAGGGAAAGACGAUGUAGUUCUGCCGAGAGCUUAUGGAAUGAUGAAAAUAGAAUGGGACAGAGAAUUGGCAACUUUAGCACAAGUACUGGCUAACCAAUGCCUGGGCGGACGAGAGGAUAUCUGUAGAUCUACUGAUAAAUUUCCGAAUCCAAGUCAAAGUAUAGCCAUAGUACACUUCAAGUACCCGAACUGGGAAUACAUAAGGCUCAACAACACUGAAAAGGGUUUAAACGAAGAAAAGCUAACAUUUGCCAUGGACAGGUUCUUGAAAUCUGCUCAUGUUUUGAAGAGAACCGUUACUAAGGACAUCAUAAUGGAAUGUCCUGCUUUCAAUGACCUUCCAGACUUAAAUUCGAAAUAUUAUCUCAAUUUAAUACGAGGUGGAGCCACGCACAUCGGUUGCGGUGUCUCUGCGUAUUCCAAAUACAAAAUUGAUGGACAAACUGAGUCCGUACAGAAUAGCGUACAAGUGGUAUGCAAUAUCUCGGACGGUCCCCAACCGGGGGAGCCUCUUUAUAACACUGAACCCCCAUUGCCUGGUUUGGGUUUCACCAAGCGCUGUGGGUGUCCACAAGGAUCCAAGGAAACUAGGAACUGUCUCUGUGAAAGAACAUCCGAUGAUUGGACAAGUAUGUAA